UUUCUCUUCUGUUCCUUUCCAUUAGAAUUAAUUUCAACUACUCAUUUGGUUUUCUCCUCCUGGAAAGAGAGCAGCUUCAUCUUCUUCACAUAAAGCCAUGAUAAAAUCCAAACUUACAGUAAAUGAUGAUUAUCCCUAGUGAACAAAGCUCAGAAAUUGUGAAUACAGACAUCCAUCACCUGAAAGAGCUGGCACAGAACAUUGGCCAUAACCAAUCAUCCCUAGACUUUUCCUGGCUCUUCUCAUGGCUACCAGACUUCCACUGGCUCAAAAUUCUCCUAGCAGGUUUGCUGCCCGUGUAUUUUGGAAGCCUAGCUUUUUGCUACAUCUUGGUGUUCACAUGUAUGCUGCUCCUUCAAUGGCGAAAACAAAUCCUUCAGAAGCGCCGUGCAAAAGUCUGGAUGAAACAAUUGAAAGCAGAGUCUUAUUUUCAACAUGCAUUGGCUCACGGGGCUGAUGAGGAAGCCCAGCCUAGAACAAAUGCAGCCAUCUGCAGUCCCGAUCACAUCCCAGAGCCACAAAGCCUGCACUUGCCCAGUGAGAAUAUUGUGGAGAGCAAUGACAAUUCUACCCCUCCAUUUCCCGAUUCAGCUCCAUACAAACCGAUAUUUCAAGAAGUUGCGUGUGUUUGUGCACUCUCUCACUUGCCACCGCUGCUUGCGCAUUCAGCUUCUUACCCUUGCUCUGCCAUUCCAACAGAAAGUUCACCAUUCAGCUCACCUCUAAAACCAACCAUCUUGAAAAACGAUCCAUACAGUAUUGGUAGCAGGAUUUCUGCUUAGCAGUCCAUGUCAUGGAUGGGAAUAUUCUUAAGUGGUCUCAGUUAGAACUCAAUUAAAGAUCAAUUUCAAACUA